GACGUUGACCCCACCCCACUCCCAUCGCAAUUCCCAAAGCCCCAGCCCCCAAACCGGCCGUUCCCCAUCCAUCCUCUUCCCCCGGUCCCAACCCCACCGUGCUCGCCACGCCGCCCUACCGGCCUCCCACCCCACCACCCCCCAGAUCGGCGAUCCCCGGAGGCGGCGAUGGCGUCGUCGCAGGCCAACAUCGAGAAGAUGCAUCUCCGCCAGAGCUACCGCAACGUCUGGCACACCGACAUCAUGAGCACCAUGCAGGCCGACUUCCCCUACUGCUGCCUCGCGCUGUGGUGUGGACCAUGCGUGUCAUACAUGCUUCGCAAAAGGGCUCUCUAUAAUGACAUGUCAAGAUAUGUCUGUUGUGCUGGCUACAUGCCAUGCAGUGGAAGGUGUGGUGAAAGUCGGUGCCCAGAGUUCUGUCUUGCAACUGAGGUGUUUCUUUGCUUCGGCAAUUCAGUUGCGUCAACCCGCUUCUUGCUGCAAGAUGAAUUCAACAUACAGACAACUCAGUGCGAUAACUGCAUCAUUGGCUUCAUGGUCUGCCUUCAACAAGUUGCUUGCAUCUUCUCUAUAGUUGCAGCUAUUGUUGGGAGUGAGGAACUUUCAGAGGCCUCCCAGAUCCUUAACUGCCUGUCUGAUUUGGUCUACUGGACGGUUUGUGCCUGUAUGCAGACACAGCACAAAAUUGAAAUGGACAAGAGGGAUGGGAAGUUCGGUCCGCAGCCCAUGGCAGUGCCUCCGGUGCAACAAAUGUCACGCAUCGAUCCGCCUCCUGUCGGGUACGCACCACAACCGGCCGGAUACGCACCACAACCAGCCUAUGGGCAGCCUCAUGGUGGCUAUCCACCUGCUCCUGGUCAAGGUUAUCCGCCAGCUGGUUACCCUCAGGGUGGUGCAUACCCUCCUGCUCAAGGUUACCCCCAGGGCGGUGCAUACCCUCCACCUGCUCAAGGCUAUCCCCAGGGUGGUGCGUACCCACCACCUGGUUACCCACCACAAGGUUCCUACCCCCCGCCGCAAGGUUCUUACCCCCCACAGGGUUAUCCUUCCAAGUAAAGAGCACACGGAAAUUGGAGAGAUGCCUUUGCCAGGCAACCAAGAUAUUGUGAACAUGUAAACAGUAGGACUGCUGUAGCGCCAUAGGUGAUGUUGAGACACCAUCUGCAAUUGCUCUGGGUGGUAAACGGUGAACAAAAUUUCUAUUCUCUGGUGAACUCAUCAGCGACUUGUGUUGGUCAUAUUGUGUCUUGAGUAUAUCCUUCUUCGAAUAAGGAAUGUCAGUGAAUUGUGCAAGUCAAUGGAGAUUGUUGGUCGUCGGUUUUCAACAAAUUAUUGACUAUGUGAGCGAGCCUGUGUCAUGUUAAACCUGAAUGGAUGAUGUGGUUGUGAAUUCACUAUGUAUGAUAAUCCAACUUUAUGGCAGUUGAUAAUGGAGUGACGGAAUGAAAUGCUUA